CUGACCCUUAUCUGGGCAGCCAGCUGCAAGGGGAUUAUCCGGGAGCUCAACUAUGCAGCUGCAAACACUCUUGCACGGGCUGGACUACCUUAAUACCUUCCUCUUGUGUUGUACAGCCAGCAAGAAAGCAAGGAUUGAACUACUCUGAGCUCUCACAUCUCCUAUGAAGGACACCAAAUUCACCCAACUUUAGAAGCUCAUCCUCCAAGCAAACCAACAGAAGACCUGGGCUCUGUCAGCCCUACAGUGUGUGGUGCCUACUUGCCUGGUCUCCACCCCAUCCAGACUCACCAGAGGAGUGUUUGCAGGUGAAGAUGAGCAGUGGAAUUCUCUUCUUGUCCCUCCUUGGCUUCCUCCCACUCGUGGUACCCACGUGCCCUGUGCCAUGCCGAUGUGCCACCACCGUGAUCGACUGCGCGUCCAAAGGCCUCACUGUGGCAAAGCUGCCGGCGGCGUUCCGCCCUUCAGCCGAAACCAUCCACCUUGGUUACAACAAGCUCACCUCCAUUCCCAACGGGCUCUUUGACAACCUCAGAAGCCUCCAGGUUGUCUACUUGGAGGGCAACCCGUGGGAAUGCAACUGUGACAUCCUGUACCUGCGCUCGUGGCUGCAGUGGCAGCAGAACCGGACCUCGUACAGGGACGUGCGAUGCGCCUCGCCCGCUCACCUGCAGGGCCGUGUCAUUGCCUACCUGACAGAAGAUGAGAUCAUCUCCACGUGCCAGUACUGGUACUGCAGCCUGGCUCUUCUCUCUCAGCUCUGUCUCUUCAUCCUCCUUUUCCUCCAGGGUAUCUUGGUUAUCUUCAUCAUUGUCUACCUGCAGAAAUUUCGGAGGAUGACCGCUGAAGCCCGGAGCAGCUCCUGAGAUCUACACCAGCAUGCAGACACCUGGGUGGCUUCUUGUUCGAGAAACCCCUACAGCAGUGAUUAACAUCACAGGACUGAAGACCCUCCUUGCUAUGCCAUGGUCAUGUGGUUUGUGGCAUCCAGAGAGGACAAUUCAAUGCAGCAUCUGAUCCUGACUACAAGUCUGAAACAGGACUUGAACUCAUCAGACACUUGCUGUAUUUCCAAAGACUUGAUCUUGUGGGUUUUUUAAUGCCUUAAACUCAUUAGCAUGACCUUGGUUGUUUUGCUGAGCUAGGAGUGGUUCUGGUUUAUUAGACUAAGAAAAUCAUAAACUACAGCAACCAGAACAAACCCAAACUCCUCAUAAGCUCCUAGGGGCUGUGGUGCUCGAUCCCUCCUAUGCUUGAGUAUUUCAGCCAUACUUUUGACUCUGCUUCUUGAUUGCAUUGGGUCAGGUGAGGACAGAAGUGGCCAAGGAACAAUUAAAGUACUGGACUAGGAUGAUGCAGAAAUAGUUUCCUUGGUGCUAUCACAGAUUGCUGUAGUAACUUUGGACAAGUGACUUAUGUCCUGCCUCAUUUUCCUAUCAGUAAAAGGGAAAGGAUGUUUCUUCUUGCUUGAUGCAUCUUUUCCAGUGUUCUCCUUAGGGGAGAGAAUUUUUAGAAGUCUACCCAUUUACUCUAGCUUCAUUCCUUUUAAUCUACUUACAGUUUUAAUACUGACUUCAACAUGUACCGAGUCAGAGUAUGAGAACUUCACCCUAAAGCCAAGAGUUGUGGAGACCAGAGGCUCUUUCUGACAGUGCUUAUACAGCAUCUGGCACAAGAGACCUGGCCUUUUUUAGAGAUUCAAACUGCAAAACCCACUCAUGUGCCUACUGCUGGUUAUGAUAUCCCUUAAUUAUUUUUGGAACAAAGCAACAUUGAAAUAAAAUAAUGAUACAUGA